UAACCCAAACAAUCCGCCAGACGCCGCUCUUCGCUUCUCACGCAACGCACGCACGCACACUGGGAGCAAGCACAUACAAACAAAAAAAUCAACAAGUCGCCUCCAUGGAGGGUGUUCGUGAUUGUUGCUGUCUGCAUUGUUAUUCGAGAGUUUAAAGCGAAUCGCGUCCCUCUUAUUUCCCUCAAUCCGCUCAUCAGAGGCCCGCCGAAGAUCCUUCCAUCGUCCAGGUCAAGGGGAUUCGUGUGUAUGAUCUCCCACGCUAACAUGGAAGGCGACAGGCCUCUGAAUGGUGAUCUUCCGAGCUUCGUGCCGGUGGAGACGAUUCUGAAGGAAGAUGUUAAUCCGAUCACCGUCGAAACCGACAAAUCGGGCUCGCUUAUGAUGAACCUGGAGACGCGAGAGCUGUUCCUCAGCAACGAUGCUGCGUCGCCACAGCAGCAGCAGCAGCAGCCGCAACAACAGCAGCAACAGCAGCAACAACAACAACAACAGCAGCAGCAGCAGCAGCAGCAGCAGCAGCAACAACAGCAACAGCAGCAGUUUGCGCUUUCCGUGGCGGUUGAAAAGUCUUCGAACCUUCCCAAGGAUAUAGACCUCACAGCCAAGCAGUGGGACUGCAAUCUUUGCAGCCCGCUGCUGAGGAAGGCGCUGCAGCGUGAGCGGUUGCAGGCAAUGCGUCAGAACCCGUCGUACCGGGAGAUGGAGCGGCUGCGGCAGCGCAGCAUGAUGCAGCUCAAGCGGCAGGACCCUAGCUUCCGCGCUCUCGAACGGGAGCGGCAGCGGGCACGCAUGCAGUUGCGCCGGCAGGACCCAAGUUUUAGGGCCAUGGAACGGGAGCGGCAGCGCAGGCGAAUGAGGCUCAAGCGACGAGACCCGGCAUUCCGGGAGCGCGAGCGAGAGCAGCAGAAGACCCGUCUCCUGGUGAAGCGCUCUGGCGACAAACUGCCGGUGGCCCUAGAUGUGUCGUCGUCUUCGUCCUCCACACCGGCUACAACGCCAGCCAUCUCUACUCAGGCCUCUUCACAGCUGGCACUGCCCGCACCACCUCAUCAACAGACCUCUGGGCACGCCCUGCAGUCUCAUGUGCCCGCCCACCAUCCGUCUUCGUCAUCGCAUCCACAGUCGCAGCAGUCGAGUUCCCAGCAGCACGGGAAGGGAGCCGGCACCCUCGGCAAUUGCCUGGUGCCUCACGACAUCCAGAAGCGGGAUGCCACGGCCCUGUACGGUCACCUGCAGCGCAUUGUCGGAUACCACAACCUGCUGCAGGCACGUCCUCCGCACCCCGAAGACCCCAGCUCGUCCUUCAAGAGUCCUUACUUUGGCGGGGAGCCGAGCAGCAAUUUGAUGGGCCGCCGCAUGGGGGGUCCUCAAGGCCAUCAUGCAAGUGGAGGGAGCAGCGGCAGCAAGGGGGGUCACCCGUCCGGUGGGGGAGGCCGCCAGAAGGGCUUCCUGGAUGGGGGACCCUGCCACCCCUUAGGCGAGAUGUUUGCAGCCUCGUACCCGACUAUGCGUGACCAGGGCCUUGCAGCUGCUGCGGGUGCACAGCCCUGCGGUGCCCUGGAUGGGCCUCCCCUGCUACAUGCCGCCACAAGUGCAGAGGGUGGUGGCGGUCGUGGCAGCAGCAGCCACCCAGCAGCGCUGCUAGGGAGCGGGGACCUGCUGCCCUCGGUGCCAGACUGCCCCGAAUGUCUCGAGGCCCAACGGCAGCGGUCUCAGUGUGGACUGUGCCAGGGGGAGGAUCAGCAAGCAGCAACGGGGGGCCGCUCUUCGGGCCGCCGGCAGCGUUCCUCCCGCCAGUCCACCGAACGCUUCCGUUGCACCGUCUGCGCCAAGGAGUUUGGCAUGAAGCACCACCUCAAGGAGCACUACAAGUCCCACGGUGACCGCAACCUGUGCUGUCCGCACUGCGACUACCGCACCUGCUACGGCUACGCACUACGCCGACACGUCAUCAUUCGCCACGACCGGCCUGCGGCGCGCCAGGCACAGGUCAUCCAACAGCUGACCGUGCAGUGACCGGCGUCUUUGCGUGUGCUCGUUUGUGCUGCGAGACAGUCUCCUGGUGCAAGUGGACGUGUUUAGGGAGGAACAAGCAGUUGGUGCCUGGCCAGCACAUCAGACUUAAGGGUCAUGUGAAUGCUCACUGGGAAAAACAGCUGUCUCUUUUAACUUUUAUAUAAGUGUUUGACGGGCCACUUGUUUGCUCUUGGCACAUGACUGCCUACAUGGAAACUGUGAAUGCCUUUGGUGAAAGACUGGGAGGAAAGAAGGGGGUUUCAACGAGAACGGGAUGGCCAUUGCACCUACAACACCGCUACAUUUCCACUGUCUGUGUUCCCCCAUCGAGUAGGCACAGUUGCAUUGUGUGAGUGCCGUGGGCCAUUCUGUUCAGUGCAAAUGUCGUUAAACAUCCUGUGGCUGCUAAGCACACACCAGGCACCCCAUUUCUCUUUAGUGUCGCUUACACAAGUUUCCAAGUCAACCUUGCAUUCCAAUUUGUACCAGUACAGUGCAUGAGUUCUGCAGAAAGCAGUGUUAUUACAGCAAACUCACAACCAAGGCUGUCUUGAUUCUGGGGGUCUAGUCAUGCUUGGUGCGACGAAGCGACGCUUCCAGGCCUAGCAAGAUUUGUGGGGACGCGUCGUUUCCUGCCACAUACAGCAGGCCUGACCGGUGAGAAUGCGUUUCCUCGCUGCGUUAACGGUGCGGUGUAGCCAUGGACGCCUCGGACAGUUAUCAGAGUUGUGCAGCUUGUGACAGGAAGGCAUGAAUUACAAAGGGUCAAAGCGCCGUCAUUGUUGCAGUCCCGUUGUCUUCGGUGCGUGCAUUGUUGAUGCAAGAAGAAAACAUUCUGUCGAAUUUGUGACUAUCAAAUCUAGAGCCUACACAUAUGCAAUUCGAAUGUUUUGUUUACAUUGGGCUGCGCAUAUGUCAAGGUGGGCAAUAAUCACUCUUGUAUAUGAUUCAGCUUAGUUCACAAGGAGCCUCAGGUUUGGCAUUGUACACUGCAAAACAGAAGAUCUUGGCACAAGAGAUGCUCCCAGGUUCCAGCAGUUAAAGUUUACUGCCUGGGCAGGGGAUGACGUUACUGGGCUUGAGCAGAUUUAACAGGUUUUAACUUUUCAAUAUUGAAGAACCAAGGCUGUUCAGAAACUUGUAAGGAAAGUUGCUACAUAAAGGUAUCCUGUGUAAGGGGGCAAAAAAAGUUGGGGGGGGGGGGGGGGGGGGGGGGGGUCGAAAGGCAGCUGAUACAUGCUUUGUGCUUUAUACUGUUAAUCACAGCCAUUGUUGUUCUACUUUUUUAACCAUGUUAAAUAGAGACAAGUUUGGUGCUCCUUUUUCCUUUUUUUUUUUGCAAUUUUAGUUUAAUUGCAAAAAUAGAUUGCACUUCUGAUAAUGCAUAAAAAUGCAAGUCCCUCAGUGGCGUAGGCUCCUUGUGAACUGCUGUGUGCGGUCAGUACCUCCAGUAUCAGAUCGUCUUGUACAGUUUGACAUCCUCAUGAAGCAUGUAUUCUCUAGCUACGCUGUGUUGCGCUGAAGAGCAUACUUAUUGAGCUACUGUGUGUGAGUGAUUGUAGGAGCUGUGGUUACAACUUCUUAAAUGGCGUGUGCCGUUUGUAAGGCCCGAUAGAGAUAACAAUUAUUACAGGAUUUUAUGUUGGUAUGUCUGGAGUUUCUUUUUUUUUUUUUUCGAGUACAGCCCACGCAAUGCACAAAUGAUCCUAAUCGGAAGCAUUUUUGGUACAAUUCAUACUAGACAGAGUUGCAAGACAUCUGCAUCCAUGUGCUUUCAGUUUUUUUUUUAAUGUCGUUAGAUCACCCUGUAACCUCUACAUACUAUUGUAUUCACUGCUGCCACAUAUUUAAUUCAUAGUGUAUAGCUUAAUCACAUACUGCCUUGACUGGUGCUGCUUCUUUUUUUUCUUUCGUUCACUGCUGCUUCAUGUAUUGUUUCAUUAAAAAUAAGAAUUCACUUUAUGUUUGAUACAUGCGCACAAAACACAAAGCAGCCAGUCCCUUGUCACAGAGGCAACCUUUUCUUUUUUCAUUUUUAGAAGCAGGGAAGAAGAAUUACUGAAAUUUAUUAGUACUUCUCUGAUAUUUUUUUGAACACGCCAGAAAGAAAGUUUUCUCCAGCGCUGUUGUUUGAACGAGGUUUUGUCAUUUGGCACAUACUAGGAAAAGUGUUUCACUUAUUCAUGAAAGAAAAAAAAAAAAUCUCAUUUUAGGGCAGCCAAAUCAGUAAAAAUGGAUGGCAGCUUUGUAGAUUAGUUAAGUUCGUGCAAAUUUUAUUACCUUAUUGUGCGCAGUUGACAGAGUAGGCUUUAUUACUGCAAAGCACCUGAAUUAGACUUAUUGCUCACAUCUGCAAUAGAGAAACCCCUGCAGUAAUCAUGCCUCUCCUUUGUCAUGAUGCCCGAAGUUGUUCCUUUCUGCACCUACAUCAGCAGUGUUGUCUUCUUGCGUACAUUCAGAUGAUACCAUCCGAGUCAAAGAGGAAUGUAGUGUGUGUGGUAUAAAGAAACAGUUGUGUGUUUUACAAAAUAUAUACGGCCCAAGCUUUCCUUCAAAUUCUUGUAGAUAAAUUGAUCACUAUUGUCGCGAACAAGUUGCAUUGGAGUUUGUGUGUGUGUUUGUGGUGUGAAAAGAAAAUUUCCUUUCGAUCAAAUUUGCCUGCAUUGUCAUCUUUUUUUUUUUGUAUAUUGAAGUUGAGAGGCAUUGCGUGGCAUUGUGGAUAUCCGCUUUAAAGGCUUACCCAACCCCAUUUACAUUUCUCCAAUCAUGCUUUCUUGGUUUUGUCGGAGUGUAAGAUAAUUAUUUGCAUACUUUGAACCGGUCUUGUGAAGCGCACCUCCUGUCACUUGAUCCUGCACGUGAAUUCAUCAUUGAGCUGUAUCGCGUAACCAUUAUGUGUAAAUGUGUAAAUAAACAUAUUUGUAGUUUGGACAGUU